ACGGCUUAGUUGUAGUUGUAACUCAAUCAAGAUAAGAUCAAUCGGGAGCACGCGACCUGUCUGCGCCGUAUCGUCAAGAUCACCCGAAAUAAAUAAUGAUUUUCGACGGUUCCAAGGCCUAUUUAAUAUUCGUUUUGCCUCAACAUGGAAUUAGCAAUUGAUAGCGGAACGUAGGGGUCCAGAUUUCGGAAAGUAUCGUGAGGUAUCCACUUAAAUUAGUUUACGGAGUGACGUUCGGAAAAGAUCGAGCGCGACUCCGUCGACGACUAGGCCUGCGGCUACGGCCCUAAACAACAGGCGACAGCUUCCGUAGCAACCGAGCCUGGGCCGCUCGCCGUUCAGCAGUACCGGUCACGCAACUGCGGGUACCGCAACUUCGACUUCGAGCAGCCGGGCCGAAGCAGCACCGCCACGGCACGGUCUGGGUUCCGAUGAUGUCCUGACCACAAAAUGGCAUGACGCUUCUUCUAAACAUCUUCUGUUCUUGGUCACCUCAACAUUGCCCCAAUACAGUUUGUGAAGGUUGAUCUCUUUGGAUGUGAAGAGAGUAUGAAGCAGCUAUGUCGGAGAAAAGGCUUUCUGUAGUACCUCCUGAAGUCACACCAGAUGAUUUGGAGGAUUAUCUUGCAACAGAUGAUCUGUUCAUUGAUUACUUCAAUGCAUUCCUUCAGCUCUCGACUUUCUCGAAGCCUGUCUACUUCAAUAAGGAAUAUGGCGGUUUUGAAGUGGUCACAGACGAGAAGCAGAGCCUCAAGCAACGUCUGCGUGAUCUGGUACGGUCUCAGCAGAAGCCUAACCCUAUCUACAAGGCAGCCAUCGCUGUGGCUACGGCCAAGAAGCCCCCUAAGAUGCCUUGGCAUUACGGUGACGACAUCGAAGAACCUGACGUUAAAACAAGCUUUAAAGUACAGUGUUUGAACAAGGAGCAAGGGAUUCAAUGGAUAAAGGCAGAACGACUUCCCACAUUCCUAGAAAGCGAUUGUUACAUCGAGUACAGACUUGCCAAACUCAUCUCGCAGACAGAGAUUGCAGAUAAAGCAUCAGAUACCCCACUGAAGCUUUUCAUUGAUCCUGCGUAUGAACCAUUUGCCAUUGAAAGACCACCUUUGAUCGAACCACCAGUAGUUGAUGAACAAGCCAUAGCCAUACGUGACCUGUUUGUGUGCAUGGGUGAUGCCUCAACGACGCAAACUCAAGAAUGGUUCUCCACUGUCAAAUUGUCCGCAAGUACGUCUACGACAAACUCCAUCGGGAAGAGACCGUCGAGUUCAGUCGGGAGGCCGUCCAGUUCUGUUGGGAGACCGUCGCGUCCUGACAGUGUGGCUCUCACAAUGGACAGUGGCUUUGCCAGCCCGUCAAGAUCGGAUGCAUUGAAUAUGUCUUUGACCAGUCAGGAUCUGACCAUGGACAUGGUUAAUGACCUCCCGCACAAAGAUGUCUUGUUUGAAAGUCCGUUGCGGCUGCGCGAAUGGCGUGCCCCGAUCGGUGACAACGUCUGCGAGGUGGCCGACACUGAAAAGAGAGGACCUGGCGGGGCCUAUUACCUUGAUAUCAACAAACCAGAAGUGCUAGAAGAGGAAGCGGAGGAAGAGGACAAGGCAUCUGUUGAAAGCGAUGAGAGCGGUUGUGAAAGUCAGCAGCUUGACAAGGCCGAAUCUCUCGAUCUAACAGAAAUUGAAACCAAAACCGGUUCUGAAUUACAAGAGAAGGAAGAAACAGUAUGUACACCCAGCCCAAAGGUGAUCAAGAUUAAGAACCUUAGUGACAUUGCCAGUGUUGUUGUGUCAGUCUCGCUAAAGAAGGCAGUAUUGAUUGCAACCGAAGCAUCAAGUGAGGACGUUGAUAGGUAUCUGGAUGAUAACGUGUUGAAGGUGGAAGGGAUUCAAAUGGCAGACCUGACAUCGCAAUGGGAGGAUCAGUUAGAGUAUGAGGUUCCAGUCACUCCAAAGAACAUCAAACUUCAGGUUCCCGACCAGGAAGGAGAGCGAUCAAUCAGUCGUAUGUCAACCACGCUGUCCGAAUGCAAGGACACGGUCGGGGAUGCGGACUCUCUCUUUGAUAGUGAUCAAGACGACGAUGAUGUUGAGGAGGAAAGCCGGGAUUCUUUCUUCAACAAACCCAAGCCGACCUUUGAUCUGAUGAACAAGAAGGGACUGGAUGCGUUCAAGAGGUUCCUGUGGGGUUCAGAAGGAGAGAAGUGUUGGAAUCUGUGGUUGGACAUUGACAGAGGUACCAUGAUUGAGGAUCAAGAGGUUUGCAGAGUGUUUCUCUCUUGCCUUAGAGACAAGUAUAUCAAGACAGGAGGGGACUGUGAGCUGUCCUCUGCUAUGAGGGAAAGACUGGGUCUUAAACAUCCUUCAGUUUGGACAUCGAUGGAACAACUUGCGGGACUCAAAUCCAAUAUCAUCAAACCUUUACUUCUUUAUUGGGCUCCUCGUUUCUUGAUGCGAGAGACCUACCAGCAGAAUCAAUCGAGUAACUACCUUUACAUCCGACAGCAGCUCCUUACCAAGCCUGGUCCAGCCCCGUAUCCUGAUCCCCCAACGGUCACCUUACUCCCUCUUCGUCCAAAGUCAUGCUGUCCGAGACUUCGCUUGUUUUCUCUCGAUUCUGAGCCCAUGGAAGUUCAUGUAAAUCAGCACAUGAAGAAUCCACCAGCGUCUCGUCCAGAGAGUAGACCCGCCUCAUCAAGAAGCCACCAGGAAUCGGCCAAGAAACCGGAGCGCAGACACGAGAGGAGUAAAACCCUCCCCAUCAUACCGCUCACGAGCGCAUUGACGACCAUUACUCCCAAACCAGCAGUCCCACAUAGCAAGGCAUCUGUCAGCAGCACCCCCCUCAAGAACAAAAUUGAGUCGGUGAACUAUGGGUCGUCGGCUGGACCCUGCAUUAUCAGUAAGGUGAAACCGGUCCCUCCCAAGUCGGCUCCUCCGUCCACCAUCAUCGCUAGAAGAAUACGACUCGAGGUGGAACAAAACGUCAAAGAUGAAAAGAAGGAGGUAGCUGUUGAAGAAGAGACAGAUGAAGAGGAGGAGGAUGAGGAGGAGGAUGAUGUCGAUGAUGAUAAGAGUGAUGCAUCCAAACUUGAAGAAAAUGCUGUUUCACAAACCACCGAAAAUUCACGGCAAGUGUCGCCUACACAGUCGGAGAAAGGAUCACGUCCAGGCUCUUCUACGAGCACCGUGGUAACGGAUGAAACCGACUUUCUUCAGAUGGAUGGCUUACUCAAUGAUCUCUAUCAGGAGAAACAAACGGGAGGAUUUCUGAUGAAGUUCCUAGAGAAAAGGGAAGACAAGAUUGCUGUCAACUGUCUUGCCUGUUGGCACGAGCUUCAGGAGUACCAUGCUCUUUUCUACAUGGAUGUAUUCAAGCCUUAUAACCUCAUCAGGAAAGCCAAGGAGAUCCAGUCUAAGUACGUGGUGGAGCAAUGCUUCUUCGAGGUGAACUGCCCGGCAAUGAUCAGGUAUCAAGUAUUCCGUCAGAUCAACCCUCCGUAUGAAGAACUCUUUGAUGGACUGGAAGAACAUCUCCUAUCAAUGCUUCUCGUCCCGUGGCUUGCUAUGAAAGAUAAAGACCGAUCACUUUCAAAUAAGAUUGAGGUUCUUGAAGAAGAAAGGCAGUUGGACAACAUCAAAUCCAGGCAUCUACAGAAACUACAGAGAAGAAUUAUGCGAGAGCGUAUCACAACGCCAGACUUUACGAUGGAAGGUGAAGAUGAAGAAACAAAGAGGGAGGUCUACUAUGAAAACCUUGCGGAGAAGGUUCCUGUGGAAUUCAGAGAUUACGACUUUGAUAAACUCAUCAGGAAUCGCAUGGAAGUAGAGCACUUCAGGAAAUUCCUUGAGGACAAUUAUGCAUUGAUGGAUCUGAUGUGUUGGCUGGAUAUUGAAUCAUUCCGUCGUACUCCCCACCUUGACACUAAGAAACGAGAUGCAAAGGCGAUCGAUAUCAAGACCAAGUACCUCAACAAGAAAUAUUUCUUUGGUCCAAACAGUCCAGCAACAAGGAUGCAGCAGCAUCAGACCAUGAUGGCUGGAGGAGGGUGGGGCAAGCUCCUUCAAGAUAGACCUCCCAAUCAAAUCAUGCUGGAGGCACAGAAGUACGUCAGAGAGCGUCUAGCUCGUAAAUGGCUCCCUCUCUUUAUAAUGACCGACACGUUCCAAGAGAGACAGCGCCCUCACAUCAGAAUGGAAGACGUAGUCGAUGACGUCAUGGCUAAUAAACGCAAGAGAUACAUGGCUAUCUAUAAGCUUCUUGAGAGUCGUUUUGUGUCGUCAUCUCACGAGAUCAUUGCGUUACGUCAAGCCUUGAUCAACCCUAUCACAUGUCAACACUUCAGGAAGUAUGUCAGUCUCAAAGGAGAGCACCUUGAAAAUGAUGUUCUGUUCUGGUUAGAAGUGCAGAAAUUCAAGGAGAUGUACCAUGUGCAUAGUGAGGAGACACUGAUACACCAGAAGAUCCAAGCCAUCUUGCGAUGUUUCAUCAACUCGGAGAUGGGAUCGAGUCUUCAGAUCGACAUCACCCCCGAGCAGGCCGAGAAGAUCCUGGACAAACGCAUGCGGGAGAUGGGACCUUACGUCUUCAGAGAUGCGCAGUUGACGGUAUUCAGGGUACUGUCCAGUCAUUGGAAGGAUUUUCAGAAGUACAGAACGAGCCUCUCAGAAGAGAAGAUGCUUGAAGAGCUCGAUAGAAAGAGAAGCAAACAGAGGAAGAAAGAGAUGGAGAGAGCCCGCAUUGAAGAUGAAAGAGAAUUUGCCAAACUGAAUGCCCCUAAGGAAGACGACCACAGCUCCGGUAUGGGUAGUAGUCUAAGUAUGAGACGUAUGUCAACCCGUCUAUCUAGCAUCAUACCUGGUUUCCUAGAAGAUGAAGAAGAGGAAGAAGAGGAGAAAGUACAAUGGAAAUACUCUGAUUACAUGGAAGGUUUGGAGAGAGAGAAACAGCUUCUCAAUGGCGAUGAUAGAGCUUCGAGUCUUAUGUCAACUAUCGAAAGCCUUGCAGAGGACCCAAAUUCAGCUCGCUGGGAGAAAGCUGCUAAGAAUUCUCAGAAUGAAUCGGAGAAAUACAGUAAAGGAAAGACCAAAUCUAAGACGAAAGAAGGGAAAGGUAAACGCAGUCCUGCCUCUAGCAUCAAAGACCAGCCAAUAACGAGCAACCCGGGAGGUCAAAGUGAUGGUCCAGCCAAGAAUGGGGUCAAGAAACGUGUGACGCUCGUCGAACCGGUCAAACCACCAAAGAAUACUCCAGGACCUCAUGGUGACACAGGGUCAAAGGUCAGAGGUCAAGGUAGGCAGAAACCGCCUGGUCAAGUUAUACAACCAAUCAAAUCGAAGAAAAAGUGAAAGUAAUGUCUAAGGAUUGAUUUAAUUAACUUUUGUAAGGUGAUGAGCUUUAACGGUAUUAAUGUUUUUAAAAUCAUGGUUUGAAUUGGCUUUUUCUCCAAAAUUGAUCAAUUUAAGUGAUGGGGGGGGGGGUGGGAUUGCAGAAUUAUUUAAGUGCGACUAAAAAUCCUUUUAUUUCCAAUUUUGCAUGGUAUAUGAUACCUUGCUGCAUUGGUGAAAUUGUGCUUAGGAGAUGCACACUACUGGUUCCUCGUUAUUUAGAUCAUGUGUUGAAUUCACACGUUGGCCUUGGUACAUCGUCUAAGUCAUUGUGAAACACCUUUGUGUCCAGUGUCACAAAGAUCAGCGAUUGAUCGUAUGCUUGAUUUUUACGAUUGAUUGAAAAUUGUAGUCAAUGCAAUCUUAGAUAAUGCUCUACAGUGAUUGCUGAGCUUUCUAUUUUGGGCCUUUUGUCUUAUCCCUUCUUCAUGUGUACCAUUAAUAUUUUUUUCUUGUUAGUGGAUAAAAGUGAUCAACAAUUGAUGGAAACUUCCUAUGCCAAAUUUGCUUUCCACCAAUCAAACAGCGAUUCCAGUCGAUUAUGAUAGUAGCUUGUUGUUCCAAACAUGUUUUGUGAAACCCACCCUCAGGAGUAACUAUGCAAGAGCAAACCAUGUUGUAGCAAUAUUAAUCAUGCAGCUAACACUUCCAACAAGACUAUAUUUAUAUCAUUCAAUUAUUGUGGCUGAAAAUGUUAAUGAACUUUAUUUUUAUGACAAUAUAAAAUGGACAUUCAAAGCAUUUUAAAGUAUUUUUAGAGAAUGUAAUGAGAAAAUAAUGGAACUAAAGCAUUACACACAAUUUCUAUUUCACUUUAUAGCUACUUGUCUAAUAUAUUCUCUGGAAAAUAAAAUGAUAGGUUCCUGUGCUUGUCUUUGAUGUAUCGUAUGGUAUGCAUUAUGAGAAUUGUUAAUGUUUGACUUGGCAAAUCUAAUGUCAGCAUGUAUAUAACAGAAAUAAUUGUUACUACAUUUUUACCAACAUUAUUUUCAGGGGCCAUUCAGAUGGAAGGAUUUUAGCUUCUUUUUUUUUAACGUUGUAAAUGUACAUUUUAUACAGCAGUGAAAUUUCUAUACAUUCCAUUCAUUUUAUCUAUGCAUUCUUCCAAGUCUUUGUCCUAUAUUAUCUUUAUAGCUUGUGAAGUUUUGAAAAUCGUUUAUAUAUUUAUGCAAAAUAAACUUUAAUGUACAUAUCUUUAUUGAAUAUGUGAAUUACAAGUUACUUCCAAAUCCUAUCACCUGGAUUUUCAAAAGAGGUUUUACGUGCAUUGGCUACAGCGAGGGUAGAAAACACUCUUCUAUUUUAUAAAAAUCACUUUAACAAGUACAAAUGAGUGCAUGCCUUGCCUGAUUAUGCACCAACAGCAAUUAUGUAAUUGGAUCAUAUUCAGCGUGUGUCAUAUGUACAUGUUUUAAAAUUUACAGUGGGGCUUUAAAGGGGAAGUUCACCCUGACAAAAAGUCAAAAUCCAUCAAAGAAUAAACGAGUAACAGAGUUUUAAUUAUCUGAUAUGUAACAUCAUAGUGCGAGCAGCUUCCUUACAUAUUGUAUGGUAAAAAAAUCAAGGAAAUGUUAUUUCAAUGUCAUUUUCUCAGAAAAUUGAAAGUCGUUUUUACUGUACCUUCAUUAUGUCAGUAGACAAAUCAUUUCACACCCAUUCCACCCCCCCAAAAACUCCUCACAAAACUUUAAGAAAUUAAAAUUUAUGCACAAUAAUUUAUUACAUAACAUAUGGAAAAGUUGCUCGUUUAUGACGUCACAAAUCCAAGACUUCACAAAUCCAAGACAAGUUCUAAUAACUUUCUUAGUCUUUAUUGGAUUUUCCUCAAAACUUCAAUAAUUUUUUUCAGCUAUUUUUACAACAAACUUUUCUUCUGGGCGAACCUCCACUUCAUACCAAGAAGUGGGUUUAGACCUCUUUUGUGAAUUCAGGCCUUUGUGUCUUGCUAUAUGUGAGAACCAUUUCAUUUUGUGAUUCUUAAAUGUUGGGCAAUUUGUCAUAAUAUGACAGAUUAGCAAUGCUUACAAUUUUGUUCUGUUGAUUUAUGAGAUUCUUCUUCAAGUCAUUAGGACCCAGUUGAAAAGACAAAGGUUUGUUAAGAAACUAGAUUACAAUGAUUGAUUGAAUUGUCCCAUAUAAAUCCCUUGUCAGUGCUUUGAUUGCACAUGAAUUCAAGCCAAUUAAAUCAAUAGCUUUCCAUAGAUUUCAUGUGAUGCACAUUCAAGACAAUUAAAUCAAUAGCUUUCCAUAGAUUUCAUGUGAUGCACAUUCAAAACAAUUAAAUCAAUAGCUUUCCAUAGAUUUCAUGUGGUGCACAUUUGAGAAAGGUAAUAAAUACAUGUAGCUUUCCAUAAUUUUGAUUUGAUGCACAUGCAUUGGAGACAAUGGAAUCAAUAAUAAUUUUUUUUAGCUUUGAUCUAACUCACAUUCCAUAUGAUGAAUCAUUAGGUUUCCAUAUAUUUUUUUAUUUGAAUAGACAUUUACUACAAUGGAAUCAAAAGCUUUCCAUAUUUUUAUUGGAUUUUCACUCAAGACAAUGGAAUUUGGCUUUCCAUAGUUUUGAUUGGAUGUUCAUUCAAGAUGAUGGAAUCUUAGCUUUCCAUAGUUUGAUCAAAUGAUCGUUCAAUACAAUGGAAUUAAUAGAUUUCACAAGUUUUGAUUAGAUUUAUAUUCAAGACGAUGGAAAUAAUAGAUUUCAAUAGAUUUGAUUGGAUUAACAUUUAUGACAAUGGAAUUAAGAGAUUUCAAUAGUUUUUAUUAGACUCGCAUUCAAGAGAGUUGAAUUAAUAGCUUUCCAUAAUUUAUACUUUGGCCCUGAUGGAAUUACAUCUUUGUAUAUAAAUAAUGUAUGAUGAGAUCAUAGAUGUUUGACAGUGUGAUGCAUUUAAGUAUAAUAGUAAACUAUCCUUGCCAUGAGAGUCUGUGUGUGCCGUGCUGUAUUCUGUGUUUGGUAUAUAUCAUCACAGAAGUACCAAUUUUCAUAUUUUCUGGUCAAUAUGUUGUAAAUUUUAUGAAUAUCUUCUUCCAGUGAAGUAAUGGUUGAGUUGAGGUGGUUCAUCAUCGUACUUCUUUGUGCUUGUCAAGUGCCUUGGUGGAUAGUCCAAGUAUAAACCUUCCUUAUUUAUACGAGUAAGAUAAGGAAAUGAUGUAACUAUCAUUAUCAUGUAAACUUUUAUCCGACUGGGGGUCUUAUUUUCUUUUUUUUUGUAUUGUCCUGUAUGGUAUUCCCUGUCAAAGUAUAGAGGUAUCAUGGAGACAUGGGUAGAGUAUCCAUGAAAAUGAAAAUUCCCCAUGAUAAGAAUGUUUCAUUUACUUUACUUUUUGGGGAAUUUAACAAUUCUGAUACAAGCUAGAACAAUAAGGCCCCAAUUCAUAAA